CUGCCAUCUUCCAACGACGCCCGGCAACCGCAAAUGGUUUACCUUGAGGUACCUUAGUCUUCCAAGGUUCUUGAUCGUCCCUUAAUCCUUAGCCUCAUGCGUGUACAACGGGAACGAUGAGCCACACCCAUUCCACCAGUGUGAUCGCAAAGGCGCCAAUCAUCGACUACCGUAUACGAUUAGAUACCUAGUCGACGUCGUCGUCUUCGAUGGGCUGUGCAUCUGGCGUUUACCUGCUUCCGGUUCCUGUGGGUGAUAUGUGGGCCAUGAAGACCAAUCUUCGUCUAUCUCCGUGCUGCUGUUGCUGCGAAGCAGGAAACAUCUCGGCGAGCGCUUCGAGAAGAUCCACUGGCUGCCUCCAUCAAUGUCUGCAUUCGCACUCGUCUAAACGGUCUGAGAGCUCGUCUUACCCGGUCUAUGCGGAAGCCCAUUCCGGUCUGGUUAUUCUGUACCAGCCCCUGUCUCAGGAUGAACUACCUUUCAUGUAUCUGGAUGUCAAGUAGACUGUCACUGGCGAAAAUUUAUAUCACACCCUCGACCCCCAGAUCAAGCUUAUAUAGAGUC